AGGCAGUUCAGCUCAGGGCUGAGUCGUCUCGGGUGUAUAAAAGACUCAAGGAUGCAUGAUUACGUGGAGAUCCGGCUUUAUCAACAAGCUGACAUUGACGUCACCUUCCAAAGAGGCAACAGCAUCCAGAACCUCUUGCAGGCCACAGGAAGAUCAAGGUCGUCCCAGAAGCAAGACCCCUUAGGUGUGGUUUACCACAGAGAAUGUGACUGCGGUGACUCCUAUGUUGGAGAAACAUCAAGGCCACUCACCCUCAGGAUCAAGGAACACCAGGCGUCAGGCAAAUCAACUUUAUACAAAGCUAACCCCCAUGCUAUAUCUGACGACCCUGCAGAAGUGGUGCCAGGAGCAGACAUCGUCAUCUUAGUUGUCCCUGCAUCUUCCCAUGGGAAGUACCUGACAGCCAUUGAACCCUACACAGAAGGAACCAUCCUUGUUGCCUUGCCUGGAAAGCCAGGUUUUGAGUUUCAAGCCCGUCAUAUUCUUCAAAAUAAAUUUGAUGACCUUAUGAUCACAUUGGCCGAAACCCUUCCCUGGGCCUGUAGAAUAGCUGAGAAUGGCGUGAAGGUAAAUGUAAUUGGCAUUAAGGAAUCCUUGAAGAUGUUUAUUGUUCACGAUGAUGAUAAAACUCUCCUCAAUCCGUUUUGUCAGUUACAGCACAUCUGGGGAAAGUUUCCAGUUAUUCAGCAAUGGUUAUUAAACACUUAUGGAUCGUCCAUUACUGAUUCAAGCAGCCUUAAACAAGCUCUGACAACAAACCAGGCGUAUAGUGGAAUAUUUCAUACCAUGAUUACAGCUGACCAAGGAUAUAUACCAGACUUUAAGAGGCGGUAUCUAACAGAGGAUGUUCCAUUUGGCCUCGUAGUGUACAAAGGUUUAGCACAGAUUGUUGGUCUGGAAACACCUGCAAUAGAUACAGUUUUGCACUGGAGCCAGCAGAAACUAGGAAAGACAUACAUCGUGGGAUCUGGACUGUGUGGUCGGGACUUACAUGAGACGAGAGCCCCCCAGGUGUAUGGCAUCAGGUCCCUUGAAGAUUUAGAAACAUUUGCUCAAUCUCGUUUCUGA